UUCAUGCCUACCGAUCCGGCGUGCUCGCACUCCAUCAUUAUCAUUUUAUCAUGACUAGUCCGAAGCUCAUCCCCAAGCCAUGGGUACCGCGCGAUCAAAGCCCUGACAUUACCCUCGUCAACAUCAAUGUUGUCGAUGCAAUGGCCGGCCGUGUGAUCCCAAAUUGUAGUGUUUGCAUACAAAACGGGAUUAUUACGCGCAUUAUGCCGGCUUCUUCAUUAUCCAGAAGCUCUGAGGCACCGUUCUCCACCGCACCUAGGACGAAGGCCAAGUUUAUUAAUAUGCGAAACCAAUAUCUGUGCCCUGGAUUGAUUGACUGUCACGUCCAUCUAACUGCCACCCCCGGUGGCACCUCACUCAAGGACAUAUUCGCUGCCAGUCCUAAUACUAUUGCAUAUCGCACCGCUUACGUCGCCCGGGAGAUGCUUCUUCGAGGCUUCACAACGGUACGGGAUACGGGUGGCGCAGAUGCAGCAUUGAGAGACGCUAUCGCCGAAGGUCUGUUAUCAGGACCGCGCCUCUUCAUCGCGGGCAAGGCCCUCUCACAAACAGGGGGUCAUGGAGACUUUCGAGCCACGUAUCAGGGUGAGGAGCAUAAAUGUUGUGGCGGACACUCACCUUCGCUGGCUCGCGUCUGUAACGGUGUCCCCGCAUGUUUAGAGGCUGUUCGCGAUGAGCUCCGCCAAGGAGCCAAUUUCAUCAAGAUCAUGUGUGGAGGAGGAGUUGCAACACCAUCUGAUGCCCUGGAUAUGCUCCAAUUCACUGCGGAAGAGAUUCGAGCGAUCACUACCACCGCCGAAUACUCCAAGACCUAUGUCACCGCCCAUGCCUAUACUACGCAGGCCAUCCGCCAUGCGGUUGCCAAUGGGGUCCGGGGUAUUGAACAUGGCAAUUUCAUUGACCCUGAGACUGCCAGGUACUGUAAGGAAAAGGGAGUGGUCUUAACGCCUACAUUAAUCACUUAUCAAGGAAUGACAGAGGCCCCGUUUGAUAGCUUCCUUGACGAGUUUAGUCAAGCGAAGAAUCGCGAGGUUCUGGCUAGUGGCCUAAAAGCUUUGGAAAUCCUACGUGAUGCUGGUGUAACGAUGUGUUAUGGAUCUGACCUUCUGGCGGGCCUUCAUCCGUUACAGAACCGCGAGUUUAGCCUUCGAUCCGCCGUUCUUAGCCCGCUAGAGAUUCUUCAGUCUGCGACCGUCAAUGCUGCCAAGUUACUUGGUAUGAAAGGGAGGCUGGGCUGUAUUCAGGAGGGGGCGAUUGCGGAUUGCUUGAUUCUCAACGCUAAUCCUCUCGAAGAUAUUACGGUCUUGGAUCAUGUUGAAAAGACUUUAGUAGCCAUUAUCAAAGACGGGCGGGUUGUUGCUAGCAAGUUGGGGGAAUUGCCUGUGGAUCCUCUUUAUGAUGCCCAUAGGAUCAAGUCCAUCUGAUGAACAUAAAGUCGGUACCCUAAUUUUGACUAUAGCUACUUCAUUUACGGGCUGCUUGCAGCAAACUAUAUUGUAUGAGCUACAAAGAAAGCCAGGAGAUUGCUCUUCUAUUAGGCUUCAUCCUCCGAAACACUAGUUUUCUGGGUUUCCUUCCAUCAGCCUUUCUUUCUUUCAAAUAAGCCCCCAGCUUAAAGCCUGGCCAUUACUUAGCUUACCAGGAGUUGACAAUCAUCUCAAACCUGGUGUGUAUUUAUG